AUGUGUUUGAACACGGGCUAUCCAUGCGACUGUUUGACCGAUGGCCCUCCCUGUGAACCAUGCAGGAUGACGGCCAAAGACAGGGAGACCGAGGAGGCCCACCUGUCCAACACCAUCAAUGUGCCCAGUCCAGCGGAGAGCACAUGCGAGCCCGACCUGAACGUCCCUCCCGCUGGAGCUCUGAAGGAGAGGGGUCGAAAUUGGGGAUGGAUGCUGUCUGGGAUCAUUUGUGUGAACAUCUUGAUCCUGGGCUGCGCCUUGGUCAGCGGCAGCGCCAACAACAGCGUGACGAUCGGCAGCUCUGACCUGCAGGUCUUCAUCAUCAUCCUCCUCAUCCUCACCUCCAUCUGGAUGAUUUAUUAUGUCAUCUACACGGCCAGGAAUGAAAACGCAGUUGAUUACAAAGAUGGCCAUGCUGGACCUGUAUGGCUCCGGGUGGGCCUGGUGCUAUUUGGAUUGCUCAGCAUCAUCAUGGAUAUCUUCAAGAUAGCCAGCUAUGCGGGCUACCUCCACUGCGAUUCUGCUGUUAAGGUUGCAUUUCCUGUUGUGCAACUUGUCUUCGUACUGGUGCAGACAUGCUUUUUGUGGAGGCACGCCAAGGACUGUGUGCAGCUACAUAGAAACAUUACACGCUGUGGGCUGAUGCUCACCCUCUCCACAAACCUAGUCGUGUGGAUGUCUGCGGUCACCGAGGAGUCCAUCCACCAAACAACAGUUCCCGAAUAUCCGAGCAACGACACUAAACUCUCAGGACGAAGCCUGUACAUCAAUAAAGCGGGUUAUGGAGACGACGCCUGCAAGUGCAGCCACACGUCAUGUAGUAUCUUCAAGGAGGCCUACUACUACUUGUACCCCUUCAACAUUGAGUACAGUCUCUUUGCCUCAGCCAUGGCAUACGUCAUGUGGAAAAAUGUGGGCAGAGUAACAGAAGAACACGAUCACCACAUCAAAUUCCGUCUGAAGGAUGUAUUUAUCGGUCCUGUGGCAGGAUUUCUCUUAGUGGCGUCAGGCCUGGCAACCUUCAUCGUAUACGAGAUGGAGAUGGGUAGCGGAGAUAGUGAUGAUGACCGGAGAGACAGAGCAGUGAUGAUGCACUUUGUCAUGAAUAUAGUGAUAGUGAGCCUGAUGUCUGUCUCCACCGUGAUCGGCUGUGCCAUCUUCAAGGUGGACCACAGAGAGCACGUAUUAGAGAAAAACCCCACACGGAGCCUGGACGUGGGGCUGCUGGUUGGAGCCUCGCUGGGGCAGUUCAUCAUCAGCUACUUCACCAUCAUAGCGAUGGCUGCAACUGGAGCCAAGGGCUACCUGAACAGGCUCAACCUGACCUGGGCCAUCCUGAUGGUGAUCCAACUCGGCCUGCAAAACUUUUUCAUCAUCGAAGGGCUUCAUCGGGAGCCCUUCCACGAGGUGCAUCCGGUCACUGUGGUUGCAAAUCCAUAUGUUCUGCAGCCGGGCAAAGAGCUGAGCACCUAUGAAGGAUCGGACAUGGACGCAAAGCCCAGCCCGGAGCUCACAGCACACAGUCUGCACGGACACACGGCCGAGCACAGGCCCAGACUGUUGUGGAAGAGACGGGUUUUGAAGGAAGUCUGUGCGUUUCUGCUGAUGGGCAACAUCAUACUCUGGAUCAUGCCGGCUUUCGGCGCUCGUCCACAGUUCGACCACGACACUGAAACGGAAUUCUACAAAUUCAACAUGUGGGCUUCGAUUGUAAACAUUGGACUUCCCUUUGGGAUCUUUUACCGCAUGCAUUCAGUCGCCAGUCUGUUUGAGGUUUUUCUGACCUCAUAG